CAAAUUCAACUUCAUUAAUAACUUAGCCUUUAAAUCUCAUCUAUUUUAAAACAUGAUAUGGGCUCUUAACAAUAUGCAAUCCAAUAUCAUGAUUUAUGCAAUACAGUCAUUGUAGCUAUAAAGUGAUCGUUUUGUAUGAAUAAAUAGCAUCGUGACUAUUUAAGAUUUAUACCUAUAUCAAAUAAUGGGCUUUUUCAACGACGAAAAACGUGGCGGUUACGCUUGCCCACGCCUAGUAGAUUACUUUGUCAUAGUGGGUUACAGCUCUCACCAUUUAAAUGACGAUAAUAGUAAUAUUGCCGGUGGCAAUAUUAAUGACACCUUGUUCCAAGCUGAUGAGCUCAAUCAUACCACCGGCCAAAAUAAUAAAAAUAUAUUCGAAUAUUCUCGCGAUUACGAGACCCCUUCUCACCUAGAGGCUGAACGCCUAAAUCAGGAAGAAAAUCGAUGGGGUAAAGAUUUAUCGGGUCCUAGUUUGCUGCGGCGUUUUCCCGAAUUUGACCACCCCGACUUUGCCCUACCCCUUGAUGUAAUUUACUUCGCCCAACCAGAACCCCUGCCCGCUGUUAAAACAUCUACCACCGCCACCUCAAAUAACUCUUCCAGCUAUAACUUAUCGAACGAUUUAUCUCGUAAAUCAGAUAGUUCCGAUAUCAGAGAACAAAUAUCUUUCGUGUUUACCUUAACAGAUAAGGAUAGUGGUCGCACCCGGUUUGGUAUUUGCAUCAAUUACUAUUCGGAAAACCAAAAUCGGGAAGUAGCGAGAAGAUUACCGACCUCACUGUGCUUACUUAGCCACUAUCCUUUCUUUUCGCGGUUCCGCGACACUCUGACUUGCCUGAAGAAAAUUAUAGAUGCAGGGAAGACGUUUUGCGGUGAUAACUUCAGCCGACCCGGGUUGAACGCUGAAGAUGCACUAUGGAAUAUGUUGAUUUGCGAAAUAUCGGAUAGAGAAAAUUUCGAACCCAUGAUUAUACACAUUGUGAAUAUGAUAGAAUCCUGGAUAUCAAGAUUUUUGGAUGCUCCUGUUCCCAUCCCUGGAAAAACAAAAGUUCAAAUAACCAUUUUGCCAGAACAUUUCCUUCCUCGCUCGCUACUUUUUGCUCUUCCGGAUUCUACCAGAUUUUCCCUAAUAGAUUUUCCGCUCCACUUGCCAUUGGAACUUUUGGGUGUAGAUACUUGUUUGAAAGUUUUGACCUGUAUUAUUUUGGAGCAAAAGGUCGUUGUUCAAUCUAGAGAUCACAAUGUUUUAACUAUGAGCGUUUUAGCGUUGGUAGCUAUGAUAUACCCCAUGGAAUACAUGUUCCCUAUCAUCCCACUACUGCCCGUUACACUACGGGGAUCAGAACAGUUAUUUUUUGCACCCACACCAUAUUUCAUUGGGAUACCUUCCACCUUCCUAAGCACCAAACGAGUAUCUUUGCCUAAAGAUGUGUGGUUAAUCGAUUUGGAUUCGGAUAAGAUGAUAAACCCUACCGGAUUGGAUUUACCUUCCUUACCUGAACCAGAAGGAUCCUUACUGAGAAGUCACCUAACACAAGCCUUGUACAGUAUGAGCGUGGUAACAUCCGAGCCUGAUGGUAUGAAUAUUUCAUCAGCAACAUCCAAUGAUGCCAAGAUCAUUUCGAUCCACGAUGAAAAUGAGAUCGAAUCUAAAAUAGCUGCUACAAUUCCCACCAUAGCUUACGUUAACGACAUGGACAUAGUAGAUAUGGCGACUAGGAUAGCUAUGGUGAGAUUUUUCGAUUCUCCUAAUAUGUUCGCACAUUUCGAAGACCAUUGCCACAUUCUUCGGCUUUACCCUAGACCCGUGGUAGCAUUUCAGAUCGACAGUUUUAUCAAAUCUCGACCUCAUCCUACUAGAUUUGUUUACGAAUUAGCUAAAACUCAAGCUUUCGAAUUUUUUGCCGAAUGGUCACUUUGCCCAAACAACGCGGCCUUUCAAAGGGUUAAAAUAGGAGUCUCCGAUCCUACUUCCAUUGGAGACAAACCUAAAUGGUAUCAAGCGUCUCUCGUAUCCAUUUCUUUUCGAUUGCUUAACGGAGAAGAUAAACUUGGUAAUAACACUAUCAUGGCGUUAGUUCUUAAUCACGUGUAUUUUCGAAAGCCUUUGAGUAAAAAUGUCACCGCUCGACAUAUAGGCAAUCAUGCCGAUGAAGUUAUUUGGGUGAAUUUGCUAGAAGGAAGGAUCGUUUCCGGUAAGAAUCAAAACCAGAAUGUCGAAAUAGCGAAAGAACUACAAUCGAAAUCAAGUGAUGGUAAAAGCAUUAUUGACACUUCCUCCAGCAAUAGCGAUCAUUCCCUAGGCAACACAGGAUGUGGGCACAAGAAUAAUACCACCGUUCCUAUAGCUUCUAACUCAACUCUUUCCUUAUCUUCAUCUUCGUACGCUUCCUCUUCAUCUUCCUCUUCACCAUUUCCCAAUGACUCUUCUUCUACCCCCUCUUUUCACCUUGAAGACUCCAAAGCCCUAUUAUCGGUUCCCAGCGUGGCUUAUGGUCGUCGCACUAAAGACAAGAACCACGCGACUGAUACUUCCGAUACUGCAUCGAUUCCUCCCACUCCCGGCCUCCGUAGAGCCAAAAUCAAAAUUGCCAGAAAGAAAAAAAUAAAAAACCCCACCCGCGAAAAUACAAUAAGUAGUACUACUAGCCUCAGUAAAAAUGGAAAUAUUACGUCAUCUAUUAUCAAUAGAUUAGAUGAUAACCACGUUUUGAAUUAUAGGGAGAUUUGCGGAGAGGAUUUAGGAGAUAAGCUUAUACGGCACUUUUCCACCACUAUCAACACCUUGACUUUGCCUAGGAAAUUGUUGGAUGCUUAUUCUAAAACCUUUUGGUUCAAGACUCGGCAAGAAGUGUCUUUGGGAGACAUUUUACCCCUAGGAGGAGCCGAUUUGGACUCAGAUUUGAUCAGGAAGUCGCGAAAAUUUAACGAUGAACGUAUUAAUGAUAUUAUCGAUGAUGACAGUAACGAUGCUCCAAAACUAAGUUUAAGAACAUGUAAAAAUUCCGACAAUCUUGCCAUUCAUCCUAGUCUGAAAUACAGCAGUUCAAGGCCGAGAUUGCUCUCUACCACAAUUUCCCUUGGUGGAGAGUCGGAUAGCGGAGGUAUAUUUCGCGAUUCCACACGAGAAACUUAUAGAUAUAUUUCAGGAGCAGAAAGCGGAUCCGUUAAAUCCUCUCCCGGAAGCCGCAAGGAGUCCGGUAACCAAGAUAGGACGGAAACAUCUGCUCGACACUUUUUAAGCGAGACGGCACAGAGUGUUUUAAACGGCCGCGGUGUGGGAUGGUUAAAGAUGCCCAAAUUGCGCGAGCUACUGAAGCAGGAGUCAUGUCGGCUCUAUAUGGCUGACAAGUUGAACAGAAAUUCUUACGGACGGCAAGGGAGUUUCUCUUACGAAGAGAAGGGAGUAGAUAAAAAGGAGAAUGCUGGAAACCGCGAACGAUUCCCCGAGCCCACGGAGAUUGACCUCAACGAUUUUGAAAGCUUGCUAGCCACUUCUAAGACCGAUUUUAUACCGGAAGUGCGCCUUAGCACACAGGUGUGGAAAGGUUACUUGAGCGUCCUUAGGUGUUGCUUGAGUGGUUUGGAAUUUACAUAUUCAAAUUACGGCAUAGGCGGGAUGGCCAGCACUUACGUUAUCCUGGAGAUAUGCUCAACUCACUUUCAUAAUCCCUCUAAUGAAAAAACCAAUGAAGACAAUAUUUUACAACGAUGCAACUCGGUAGAUAAACCGGAUUUAGUCGAAAAUUUGAAAUCCACCUGCAAUAAUAUCAUAGAUCCCGAAAAUACUUACAAAAAGAUAUCUAAUUUUGGGUCCCGCCUUUCGACUUCCAUUUCUAACGUGGCGUCCAACAUGAUGACGGAAAGAGGGCCGAUAGGUCAGAAUAAUAACGACAAUGGUCACUCAAAUUUGAUUAGUUAUAGCGGUAACAUUAUCGUAUCGGAACAUUUGGCCGAGCGACAAAUUUUCGAUAGAUAUUACCGCAAGGAAUACCUCUAUCAAAUGUUCCUGGGUAAAAAUAAGUCAAAAUUAUGGGACGAAAAUCAAUUUUGGCAAGAUAUAUUUUUGGAUGCUGUCACCCAAGAACGCGAUAUGAUAGGGAUGGACAUUGGACCUUCCGAAAUGAUGAAUAGAUUCGUUUUCCUAUCAGAGACGGAGAAGAAACGGUUGGAACUCGAAGAAGAUAAUCUCCUAGCUAUUCAAUUGCUGAACUUGGUCUCAUUCACAGUUAUGAUGGGCACUAAUAAGAAAGAAAUUUGUAGGAAAGUGCGAAGACUGCUUGCCAAAUCUCACGUUGGUUUGAAGUAUAGUCAAACGGUCAAUAGAUUGUUGGAUAGGAUUAAUGCUUACGAUGGAAAUAAAAUACCUUUGUUGGUUCCUCUCAGUAGAAGGAUCCGUAAAAUGUCAUUCAACGUUAAAUCGGGUGUUAACCCAUCAACCGGAACCAUGGUUAUGGAAAUAUGCGAGGAUGCUAUCGUUUUUAGGACCAUCAAAGGUGAUAUAAUUGACAGACUUUGGUAUGAUAAAUUGAUCAAUAUGACCUUGAGCCCUCGUAACAAGGUUUUAUGUUUGUGGUGGAAAUCGGGCAAUAAGACUUAUCUCCAAAAGUUUUUUACUAAGAAAUGUCGCGAAUUGUACGAAGCGAUAAAAGAUAUAAUGGAAAGGAUAGCGGCCCAAACUGGCGACACAAAAGUUUUAGGAUCAGAGAUUGGUGGGCAAUUUGAAAUUGGAAGUUUAUAUUCUGAUGAAAAGGGUUUGUUAGAUGUAUCUUUAGAUGGAAUAACUAUAGCUUUUCCGGAUGGCAAGACUACCUUGCAUCUGAAUCAAAUCAAGAAGUGCCGAUCGGAAAAGGAUAAUAAGAUAUUUGUCUUGCAAAUAUUUGAUUAUUACACUCAACAAUUGGUGGAUCUAAUGUACACAUCUGAUGAGGCUGACAAAAUUAUCUUAGCUUUGCAUCGUGUUUUGAGCGUUCAACCAGCCUCUGCUAGGCUCGCCUACCGAUCUGAUCAGUUAUUGUGUGAUUAGCUGCUUCGAGUACCGAUUAUGGCUUAAAUUGCGCCAAGAGAGAAGGGAGCGAAGAUUGAGGCAGAAGGCCAUCCAGGAGAGAAAAAAAUAAAUGGGAAAUUUUUUUAGAAACGACUGCGAAAAAAAUAUGAUGACGUUGGUAGUUGCCGCGAAUAUGCAAUAUAAAAACAUAUCUGUAAAACGUUACUCACUUAUACUUUCGGGGGAAAAUUUAAAUUUUAACUAUAAAUAAAUGUUGAAUCCGUUUAAGAAUUAAAUAAAUAGCCAAUUAUUUAGUUUUUUUUAAUCCAAAAAAAAAUAAUCUGCAUUAAUUUUUUUUUAUUCCUUAUCAACUAGGUGCUUUAUCAGAAUGGUUAUGUUAUAUAUUUCAAUUAAUUGACCAUAUUUAUAAAUAACUUAAAAGAUUUACGAUGCCAUGAUCAGAAAUGUGACAUAUAUUUUACGCUUAAAUUUGAUAAUAAUGUCUCGUUUAAAAGUAUAAAAGUCUUCCUAUAUUAUUUAUUUGUAAUUUU